UUAGCACGUACGAUUUUAAUUUUGAUAUCUACCAUUAAGUCAUAUCUACAGUAUGCUAAAAGUCGGCCUCAUAUACAAAUGGCCUAUUGUAACAUUCAUGACGUGAUCUGCAAUUUUCGAAUAACAAAUUAUUAUUUAGCCUUAGCUAUCAGUUGAUAGUUGACUGUCGUAACGCACGCACGUUCGUAUAUGCUUCUCGACUAUCUAUACAGUUAUACGUUUUCUUUUUGAAUUGUACUGUCUUUUUUAAUUUUACUUUUAUACCUCUGUUUUAUUUUACUAUGGAGGACACUAAUUUUUCUGAUAAAUUGGACGACAAAGUUUUCAAAUCCAUCAAUGAAAUCAAUGAUCUUAGCGAUCUGCAAAAACGUAUUCCAUUCCAUUUCAAAGAAUAAAUUAUGCACUGGGUUCACCUAUUAAUGGAUUAAUGGAAGUAGCUAAUGACGUCCAGAUAAAAAAAUGGUGGAACUCACUGCAAAUUUAGAAACAUUGCGCUCGGCAAUUCAUAAUUUUUCGUUUUCUAUGUAUAAGGAAGUAGCUAAAACUGAAACGGGAAAUAUUUUCUAUUCUCCAUUCGGUAUCCAUUUGAUUAUGUUUAUGGCUAGUACUGGAGCAGCUUCAAAAACAUUUGAUGAAAUAGUAGCCACUAUACAUCUAAAUGAAUCUUCUCAUUCAAUGGAAACAUAUAGAAAAUUAUUGGAAGACUUAACAAGUGCAAAAGAUAAUUUAAAACUGGCAACAGGAAUGUUUGUCGAUACAGAUGUUGAUGUUAAAGAUAGUUUUGUGAAAAACUCUAAGAAAUAUUUAAAAUCUUCAAUGGAAAAAUUGGAUUUCAAGAAUGACCCAGAAAAACAGCGACAAUAUUUAAAUAAUUGGGUUUUAAUCCAAACCAAUAACAAAAUCAAAGAUUUUUUUUCCAGCAAAGAUUCAAUUACUGAAAUGACUGCCUUAGUAUUGGUGAAUGCUGUGCAUUUUAAAAGUGAUUGGGCACAUAAAUUUAAAGAUGUUUAUGAUGGCUAUUUUUAUGUGACUCCAAGCAACGAAGUAACAGUCAAAAUGUUGAAUCUCACACGUGAUUUUCAAUACUAUCAUGAUACUGUUCUAAAAUUCAAAGCACUUGAAUUACCUUAUAAACAUCAUGGUUUUAAAAUGAUAAUUUUAUUACCCGAUGAUAAAGAUGGUUUGAAUAAUCUAGAAAAUAAUUUUUCAAAAUUUAAAUUACAUGACAUUUCAGAGAAAAUGACCCAGGAAUAUGUUGAUGUCGAAUUACCUCGUUUCAAAAUAGAACAGUCACUGGAAUUAGAUAAAACAUUAUCCAAUCUUGGAUGUCCAACAAUGUUUAUACCUGGAGCCGCAAACUUUUCUAACAUCGCUGAAGAUGUUAAACUGCAUCUAUAUGUGACUAAAGUCUUGCAUAAAGCAUAUAUUGAUGUAGAUGAAAACGGAACUGAGGCUGCAGCCGUUACAAGUUUCACACUUAGGAAAGGGUCAAGACGUUCUAAAGAUUUUGUUGUUGAUCAUCCAUUUAUAUUUUUUAUUUCAACUAUGUGUAAUUUUAUUUUAUUUGUAGGUCGAAUGACCAAAAUUGAUUAAGUAGCACAACAUCUUAUUUGAGUAAUUUUAAUAUUGGCUUUAUAUUUUGUGAACAGCAUUAUUUAUUUUGUAUCAUAAAUAUUAUGUUUGUUAAUUUAUUUUGUUAACAAAUGUUAUUGAUUUAUAUUAAUAAGAUAAUAAAUAUUAUUUAUUA